AUGAAAAAGAGGAGGACCUUCCGCAAGUUUUCCUACCGCGGUGUGGACCUUGACCAGCUUGUCGAGCUCCCCAACGAGAAGUUCGUCGAGCUCGUCAGCGCCCGUGCCCGCAGGCGCUUUAACCGCGGCUUGAAGCGUGGUCCUAUGACUUUGAUCAAGAAGCUGCGCAAGGCCAAGAUGGAGGCUCCUCCGAACGAGAAGCCUACGAUCGUCCGCACGCACCUGCGCAACAUGAUUGUUGUUCCCGAGAUGAUUGGCUCUGUCAUUGGUGUGUACAACGGCAAGGUUUUCACCACCGUUGAGAUCAAGCCUGAGAUGACUGGCCACUACCUCGGCGAGUUUGCCAUUACCUACAUUCCCACCCGUCACGGUAAGGGCAGUCUCGGCAAGGAUGCCGCGCCGCACCCCAACUGCGUGUGGCUCACAUUCUUGAAGCAGUGGCAUGAAGAUGCGCUUGCCAAAGGAAACAAGGCUGCGCUGGUUUACUUGAAGGCGUACCGCUCACUUUUUGCUGCGCCGCAAACUUUUGUGCAUCCAUGCGAGACGAUUUGCCUUGCUGGAAUCGGCGAUUCCAUUGCAAAGCGGCUCGAGAAAGCGUAUGAGCAAUGGUGCACAGAGCAUGACCAUACUAUACCAGAUCGACUGGGUCUUUACAAGAAGGUUCUGGCCGAGCAAUGCGAUGAGGCGCCUGUAAGCAAGGCGGAGCUUAUCUCGCUGGCCCAGCCGCACUGCGAUAGUGAUUAUUCCAUCUCCGGCGGUGGCAGCCGUUCCACUGUACCUGCAGCACUCACACACCGCGGAAGUAGUGGUCCCCCGAGCCAAACGUGGAAUCCGCGCCGCUCGUUUGUGAGUGCGUGGAAUGGGAUGAAGACAUUGAUUGACAAGGCUUAUGUAUUCCGCGUUGGCAAUCCGCCCGUGUUUUACCUGAGCGAGCAGGGCUUGUGUGUCGCGAAGGCGAUUACUGAGCUGGAGGGCAUUGUCGACCAAGAUGCACUUCCCCUCCCAGCGCCCGAAGCGUUUGGUCUACGUGCGUCGCCCGAGCCGACAGAAACGCGCGGCGCUGCUCUGACAGAGUCGCCUCGCGCCUCGCAGGCGGCGCUGUUUCUACCUCAGAAACGACAACGUCGCUCUCCGCCACGCCACACACCGGCGUCCGACUCUGACGACGGUGAUGCGUACGUGGUGGACUUGAUCCAGUCUUCCCAGGAGAAUGUGUACUGCGCAGAGUAUAGCCACCGCGCUGGGCACAGUAGCGAUCCGAUCGUUCUUUCGCCAUACCACCAGGGCGAGCCUGUGCGCAUUAGCAUUUCCCUGAUUGACUCCUCGCCCAUGAUUUCGCGGCAGCAUUGCAGCACUGCAGAGCUGCCCUCUUCGCCUGUGGUGCAUACGGCGCGAGCGUCCAACAGUGGCGCUGAGACACUAUCGUUGCCAAUGUGCCAUACUCUGCCUGCAAAUUCGUAUACCAUCCACAUGGUUAUGGACCAUCGCGAGGUUCGCCAGCGUUUUUCGCACGGCACUGAAGCGUCCCGUCGUGUCACGUUCAAGGAUGCCAUGGCCCAGCGUGGGAUUACGUGCGAUCUUCGCGCGCUCGAGCUGGGCGACAUUAUUUGGGUCGCGAAGCCGCGCGCGGAUAAUCCGUCGCAUAUUGCGCAGUUAUGGUCAUCCGUACAAGAAGUUGUGCUGGAUGCUGUGGUAGAGCGGAAGCGCUUGGAUGACCUCGCCUCUAGCAUCUUUGACGGUCGUUGGCACGACCAAAAGCUGCGACUCCGUUUUUCUGGGAUCGACAAGGUGUACUAUUUGAUCGAGGAUAUCGAUGUGGCUAAUUUGGUCCAGCGGCACGGUGCAUCGAUCCAAACGGCGCUGAGCAGCACGCAAAUCAUCGAUGGUUUCCAUGUGCACCGCACGGCAAAUGGCGAAGGCACCGCCGACUUUUUGGCCAAUUUGCACCGCGCGCUGGAGACGCUGUACAGCAGUACGCCGCUGCAUGUCCUGCGCGAUAGUGCGAUUGAUCGUGAUCAUUAUAGCGAGAUGCGUGCGUCGCUGCGCACGCAGUUUGUGCACGAGCGAUUUCACACCUCUUUCCACACCUUCCAGGCGCUCAAUGGCAAGACGAGCAGCAGCGGAACGCUGCAGGAUACGUGGACGAGGAUGCUACUGUGUAUUCAGGGCCUCUCGUCUGAGAAAGCUGAGGAGAUUGUGCGGCGCUGGCCGACGAUGCACGCCUUGCUCCGCGACUACGCUGCACAAGAGGCGGCGACUGCGCCAGGAGAGCGUUCGCUUGUGUGCGAGCGUAUGAUAGCAAAAGCUGUCGAUCCAAAUACCCCACUUACGCGGCGCAGGAUUGGAUCGGUGCUCAGUGCGCGUAUAUACCAAAUCUUGCGGUCCAACACGUUUGUAGAAUAG